AUGAACCAAAGACCUCUCAAACCAGAAGAGUUCUUGUACCUUUUGGAGUUUUGCCAAAAUUGGGGACGCAAAGAGUUUCUUUCUGUUGCGAAAGCCUUGACCCGGUUAUUCAAUCCUAGACCACAAAGAAAGAGAUCUAGAAAAAGAACACACUUAUUCCAAAAGUUGCGACUGUUUUUUGGACGACACGAAAGCACGCCAGUUACUCAAACGAAUCAUGAUCGUGCACGCAAUAAUCAUAAGGUUCCAAGGGCUCGAUGUUACAGGAGUUUCAGAUGUAUUGAGCAGAUUUCGUCUGUUAGGUGUAUUCUGAGGUACACAGCCAAAUUGAAAGUUGGCGAGGCAAACGCCAAAAAGAACCUAGAGGACGGCAAAACCGCUUUAGAAACUACCAGCCAACGGAAACAGAUUAGAAACAGAGUCAUAGUACUGAAAAGAGCUGCUAGGCAAGGUGUACCAGCAAAGAAGCCAAAAAGAAGAGGUCGGAAUCUUAAAAUUUCAAACUAUAGAAAAUACCCUCUGAGCAAAAGCCACAUUUCGAAAAAGAAAGAACCUUUCCCCGAGACUGUCAAUAUGAUGUCUGUGUGCGAUUUUGAACAAUCCUGUGAAAUGCUGAUAGAUGGGGCAGACAUCGAUUUAAUGCUGAGAUUGCCAAGCAGCGAGCUAGAUUUUGUUGAAAGCACGGUACACGCUUUUUUGGUGAAACGAAAGUUUGCUUGA